GCAUGGGCGGUGUCUGCCGACACAAUGAGUGAAGCUAGCAGUUGAACCGGACGGCGUGUUGUCUGCUGCUAACAUUUUUUUUUUAUUGAACUGCAGAUACUUAAAGGCACAUCUGAUUGUAAUAAGAAGAUAUUUUAAUCUGGUGAAAUGAGUCAAAGUGACCAAUUUCCCCUUGACUGCAAGGUUUAUGUUGGGAAUCUAGGAAACAAUGGAAACAAAACUGAGUUGGAAAGCGCAUUUGGGUACUAUGGUCCUUUAAGAAGUGUGUGGGUUGCCAGGAAUCCCCCAGGCUUUGCUUUUGUAGAGUUUGAAGAUCCCAGAGAUGCAAAUGAUGCUGUGAAAGAACUGGAUGGAAGACACAUGUGUGGCUGUCGGGUGCGUGUCGAGUUAUCCAAUGGGGAAAAGCGCUCAAGGAGCCGUGGCCAUCCUCCAUCCUGGGGAAGACGCCCUCGCGAUGAUAUAAGGCGACGUAGUCCUCCUGUCCGACGCAGGAGGAGGAGCCGCAGUCGCAGCAGGUCUCUUUCAAGAGACAGAGGCAGACAACGAUCUCUCUCCAGGGACAAGAAGUGCCCAAGAUCCAUCUCACGGUCAAGGAGUCGUUCCCGGUCUAACGAGCGAAAAUGAGGACCUCAAAUGAGCAUUCAUCAACGGAUCUUGCUAUUGUUGGGGAAAAUACUAAUUUUUAUAGUCAUGUUUUUCUUUUCUCUAGGUUUGGUCAUCUUGUGUUAAGAUGUGUUAAGGCAGUCUGUUGAAUUAACAACAAAGGACUGAAGUCUUUUUCUCCUAAAGCAAAUUCUAUCUUACCCUGCAUGUUUUGUAACUCGAGUACUGGAUUUAGUUUUACAUUGCCAUCCUGUUUUUUUUUUUUUUUUUUUUUAAACUGUUGAAUUAAAGCUCAUGUAAUGUUUUUAUUUGUUUUUCUUUGCUUUUUUUAAAUUCUUGGUUGACUCUUAAAUUGCCGGCAAUGGAUUCAUGUGAGAUGCACCGGUAGGAGCAUACUUUAUACCAGUGAUAGAAAUCAGACUGGCAACAAAUGUUAAAUACUGGCACUGUUAUUUGCAGGCUAUCCUUGUAGCCAAAAACAUCUGUAAUUCUGUGUUUUACAUGUGUCACGUUUGCAAAAACGGCAUUUACUCUAUUCAACUUUGCUUGACUCUGAUCUGAAAAUUUGUGCUGCAGAUAACCAACUUGUUCAAUAAAUGGUUUUCCA